CAAGGAUUUUGAAAUUGGAAUGGCCCAGUCUACUUUUUCUAAAAAUCUCAAAAUUGUUCUGAACAUUUUGGAAAGAAGACUGUGUCCUGUAUGGAUCAAAUUAGAAACUACCGAAGUUGAGAAACGUCAAGCAAAGCUUGAUUUUUACAGCAAAGCAGGAUUUCCAGGGACUAUAAUGUGCUUGGAUGGAACCCAUGUGAAAAUCAUUGCACCAGCGGAAGAGAAGUUUUUGUACUUCAAUAGAAAAGGGUACUUCAGCAUUAAUGCCAUGGUGAUUUGUGACAACAAAAUGCGAGUUAAGUUCAUAGACGCAAGAUAUCCGGGAUCAAACCAUGAUUCUCAUGUGUGCAAUUUAAGUUUAGCAAAAACACAUUUUGAAAGAAAAUUUCGUGAAGGCGAAAGAAACACUUGGAUUAUAGGCGAUGCCGGAUACCCUCUUGAACCCUGGCUCAUAACUCCAUUCCGCUCUCCUGAGCCUGGGAGUUCUCAAAGCACCUUCAACUUAAAACAUAGCAAAACACGGAACAUGGUGGAGAGAGUCAUUGGAGUCAUAAAAAAUCGAUCACGGUGUUUACUGGCAGCACGUCAAAUGCAUUAUUCCCCACAAAAAGCCUCACAAAUUAUUAAUUUAGCGUGUGCCUUGCAUAACAUUUGCAUUCAUUUUAAGGUCGAAGAUGAUUUUGCCGGAAUCGAAGUUGAACCUGAAGACGAAGUGGAAGGAAAUGACGUAGUCCCCGAUACGAAUAACCAUAGCGUGGCAUCCCGAAUAAGGGAUAGUAUUUUGAGGAGCUUAAUUUAA